CUCAAGGGGCAGGCACUCAAGGGUGCGACACUCAAGGGCCAGUCGUUCAAGGGGAUCAUCAUCGUCAAAAGAAGGAGACAUCCUUCCCUUACAUGUUCCGAAUGAGAGAAAAGGAUCCAAGACCAACAGGGGGGGAAAGAGGUCAAGGUGCAGACGCUCAAUGGGAUCAUCAUCAUCAAAAGUGCUGUACGUGUCAAGGAAUCGUCUCACGACUGUGAGGAGGGAGGAUUUCGCAAGGCUAACAAAACUGUCUUUUCUGACGCUAUUCGACAAUAAAAUUACAAGUGAGGGACUGGAAGAUGUUCAUUCGCCAAUCUCGGCAACCUUGUCUUCCUUAGUCUAUAUGGCAACCGUCUGACGAACAUUUCUGCAGCAACAUUUCAAGGCUUGACGGCUUUGCAAACAUUGUUACUUGGAGGAAAUCAGUUCCAAAGCUUCCACGCGUUUGCUUUUGCCAAUCUACCAACUCUAAGAACUCUUUUACUUCCGAGGAACCCUUUCGAUAGCGCUGCCUUACAUCCUGAUGCUUUCGGCAACCUGACGGCAGUGCAAUAUCUGGAUAUUGCCGGAGUAACGAGCUUGUCACCGCGUGUGUUUCGCCACUUACCCUGCCUCCAAACUGUGACAUUUGGGAACUGUCUUACCUGCGAUUGUGAAAUACUUGAUCUAGCGAAAUGGCUGAAUAAAACAGAUGUGAAGGCUGAGCGAUAUGUCACUUCGUCACAGCCAGUGGCCUGCUACAAUCCAGAGCGGUUGAAGGGACGUCCUCUCAGCAACCUUCGAGAGGAAGACUUGCAGAUGUCGUGCCCAACGACAACCGACCCACCGCCCACGGAAUGUACUGUGCAGACCUGUCCAACAUCUCUUACGACUGAAGUAAUGACAUCUCCACGUCCUGUAACCACACCAAGCUCAACAACACCAACUUCGUCGUCCUUUACAACACGACAGCCAGGAACAUGCACCGCCCCAACGGACGUCACCGUGCAAAACGUACAGGAAUCCCGUGCUGAAAUCUCAUGGUUUCACGACGGUAAAUCCAUUAAUUUGGACCUGACAGGAUUCAUUAUUGAGUACCAAAUGGUUUUUGGGCAGAAGUCGUGGACGAAUACACAAGACAUUCACCCCAAUGGCCGUAACUUCGCCAUAUUCGACCUUCUUCCCAACACGCCCUACCAAGCCUGUGUGGCCGUUCUUUGCAAGAAUGCGCCUAGAAAGCCAGGACUGGACCACUGUGUGCAUUUUACAACGAAGAUGAGAUCUACAACAAUAGUCGGCUUGGCCGUAGGCAUCCCUUUGCUGCUCGUCAUCCUCUGCCUAGUAGCGGCAAUCGUCAUUGUCCUGAAGAAGAGAGGGCCCUUCUCUACAGAGCAAGAUGCUGGCCACACCCCUGAACGUCCUCAACGCCAGGAAGCCAAUCACAGCACAACCGGUGCAGUUGGCACGAUUGAGGACCCGCCCUACAACAGCAUCAACGACAAUGAUCCCCAGGUACGCCCUGAUCGGGAGAACCAGUACCAAAACGCAGGAUUCGAAGAGGAGCCAGGGGCGGAUGGAAUCACCAGCUCAUAUCUGGAUUUUGGCAAAGCUGGGGACGUCCUUAAUUCAGCAGCAAAUGAGCCUCAUCACGACGCACCCAUUCCCGUUCCACGUGACAACCGAAGGCCCUCCUCGAGCUCCUUCAACAACCCCGUCUACACGGCGGACAGCGCCAACGAAAACAUCUACACGAGAGUCAACGACGACGGCCUGGAUGGAGCAAUGGCAAGAUCGUCAUCCGCAAAGGAAGACGUUUACAUCGAUGUUAUCGCUUAAUCGAUAAAUUUGAGCCUGCAUGUAGUAAAACUAUGGCCCGCUUUACACACACCAUUUCUAAGUCGAUUCAGCGAAGUUGACUUGAAAAAUUUCUGUUCACACACGGGGCCACAAAGCGACUUGGCACUCCCGUUGUGCCACCCUCCCCCCAAGUUGACUUGGUGGCUCGGUCUUGUCUGACUACUACUACGCAGAGACACUCAAGUCGACUUCGCCCGUUUACACACGCGAAGCUAGCGGACUCAGCACCCCGCUGGCCGACUUAAGUCUGGUUUGGAUACGACUCAAGUCGUCUUGAUUAGAAUGCGACUUGAGUUGAAUUAUUUCUCUCUACACAGAGAAAUUUUCUCUCAAGUCGACUAGCUCAAGUCGUCUUGAGUUCUAGUUGACUUGAAAAAGUUAUGUGUAAAGCAGGCCUAUGAAAACACUUUGCUAAAUUUACCAUAUGUAUAGCGAUAUCUGUGUUGAUUAACCAGUAAUUGUCGUUUAGGCCACAGCAAGUAAUUUUAUGGAUGACAUCAGCACGCGCAUUAAUUUUCGCCUGAUUUUGGAG